AAAAAGCUUUGAGUUGGCUUGAGCCUUGAGAAAAGAACUUAAACUAGAACAAUGUCAGUGCUGGCCAAGACUGACUCUGAGGUGAGCAGCCUCAGCCAGUCCUCACCGGCGCGCUCGCCCCGCCGGGCGGCCUACUAUGUCCAGAGCCCAUCCCGCGACUCGCACGAUGGCGAAAAGACCACCAACUCCUUCAACUCCAGCCCAGUCCUCAGCCCUAUGGGCUCCCCUCCUCACUCUCACUCCAACUCUUCUCUUGGGCCUCACUCUCGCGAGUCCGCCUCCACCCGCUUCUCGGGAUCCCGCAGUAAGAACCACCACGGCGGUGGGUCCCACCGCAAGGGGUGGAGACCGUGGAAGGAUCAGUUUGGUUCCAUUGAAGAAGAAGGCCUUCUUGAUGAUGAUGGCACCAAGCAUGGUCUCACUCGCAGGUGUUACUUCGUUGCUUUUAUUGUGGGCUUCCUUGGGCUUUUCUCUCUGUUUUCUUUGAUUCUGUGGGGUGCUAGUAGGCCCCAAAAGCCCAUUGUCACUAUGAAGAGCAUUGCAUUUGAUCAAUUUGUGGUUCAAGCUGGAGAGGAUUUCUCAGGAGUGGCCACCAACAUGUUGUCCAUGAAUUCCACACUGAAGUUCACCUUUCGUAACACCGCCACAUUUUUCGGUGUCCAUGUGAAACCAACACCUCUAGAUCUCUCAUAUUCUCAGCUCACUGUAGCCACUGGAACUAUGAAGGGAUUUUAUCAAUCGAGAAAGAGCCAGAGAUCCAUUACAAUAACGUUGAUAGGAAACAGAAUUCCAGUCUAUGGUGGAGGAGCAAACUUGGGAAGCUCAAAUGGUGCACCCACUCAGGCAGUGCCAUUGACACUCAGGUUCCUGGUUAGGUCAAGAGCUUAUGUUUUGGGCCAGCUGGUCAAACCCAAGUUCCACAGAAGGGUGGAUUGCUCCGUGAUUAUGGAUCCUAAAAAGAUGAAUGUGGCCAUUGCUUUGAAGAGCAAAUGCAAUUACCAGUGAAUUGAAUUGAUUUAUUUAUUAAUUGCCUUUUUCUUGAUCAUAAAUAUGAAGUUGUACACUGUCUUUUCUUAAUUAAUUAAAUUUUGUUUUGGUGUU